AUCCGUUUCGGGCUGGGCGGCAGGGGUUGUGAUCCGCGUGGCGCCUCACGGAAGGUGACAUCUAAAAUUUCCAGUAGAAUACGGCUACAAGAAAAGUAAUGGCGAACAGGCCUCUUAUGGUUGGAAUCAUUGGUGGCACUGGAUUUACAAAUCCAGAAGUGCUUGGUGUUCAGGAUCCAAAGGAUGUUGAGCUUGAAACACCUUUUGGGAAACCUUCCAGCCCUCUGCUCACUGGAACCUUGUCAGGUGUGAGGGUGGCUGUGCUAGCCAGGCAUGGCCGCCAGCACACCAUAAUGCCCAGCCAUGUCAACUACCGCGCUAACAUAUGGGCACUGCACCAGCUGGGCUGCACGCACCUGGUCGUGUCGACCGCGUGUGGCUCGUUGCGCGAGGAGAUCCGGCCCGGCCAGCUCCUGCUGCUCGACCAGUUCAUCGACCGGACCACCAAGCGGCCGCUGACGUUCUUUGACGGCACGUGCGCCAGUUUCGCCGGCAUCUGCCAUCUGCCGAUGGGCGAGCCCUUCUGUGGCCGAACCCGGGCCGUGGUGCAGGCGGCGGCUGACGAGCUGGGCAUCACCCUCCACCCCAGCGGCACCACGGUUUGCAUCGAGGGCCCGAGGUUCUCGACCAAGGCCGAGAGUAACCUGUUCCGGAGCUGGGGCUGCGACGUUGUCAACAUGACCACCGUGCCCGAGGUGACCCUGGCCAAGGAGGCGGGGCUGUGCUACGCGGCCAUCGCCAUGCCCACCGACUACGACUGCUGGCGCCCGGACCAGGCGGGCGUGGGCGUGGCGGACGUGAUGGCCGUGUUCCGUGCCAACGUCGACUCGGUGGUGCGGCUGCUGCGCGAGCUCGUGCCCCGGCUGGCGCUCACCGACUGGGACGAGCAGCUGCGCCAGAACAGGGACACAGUGGCCGACAACACCAUGCUGCCGGACCACUAGAGCGCGGCGGCGGGCGGUUCGGGCCGGCGGCGCCGCCUCUGGCCCGGUUGGAGGCCGGCGGCGGUGGGCGCCGGUGCGCCGAGUCCUUCUGUCCAGAGGUGGAGGGAGGCGGCCAGUCCCGCCUCCCACACACAAAUCGCCGCGGGUCGCGCGCCCAAUAUCUGGCCGCCAUUUUUGUAGCUUUUUUUGGUAGCAAUGGACCUAUAGUAAGCAUUAUUGGUACGCGCAAAGUCUUUGUCGUGUUAAUGGCAAUACUCACAGAGCGGGAAGAUGGCACUCUUUGCCGUGGCCAACACCGAAUGGGGCGUAGUUUGUUUAGCAUUCAGUUUAGUAGUAUAGUAAUAUUUAGUUUAGUUUUGUAUUUAGUUUAGUAGUAUAUUCAUAUUUAGGUAAGUUUAGUAUUAAGUUAAGUAGUAUUAGUUUAGUUUUUGUCACAUUCCAUGAGUUCAGGAUAUACCUCGGUUUUGCUCGUGAAGCAUGUUAAACACAGUGCAGCGGAAGGGUUUUGAAGGAGCUAUUCCCAUGAUCAGGUAUGUAUCAGCUAUCAGGUAUCAGGCAUGAUGGUGCGCGGUAAGCCCUGCAAUACUGUACAAACGAAGCACAUUCGGCUUGUCUGAAGACAUCAUGCAAUUUCCAGAGGUAUAUGACGUGCUGUUGGCAUUUUCUUCGCGUAUGGUUGCGUGCAUUUAAUCAAGAGCCUAUUUUUAUCCGGGAUCCUAGCAAUGGUCGAGAUGUCUGUGCCUUGGUCCAUUAUCCGAGCACCGUAAAGGUGCACGAUUUUGUAAUACACGUGCAGCUACU